GCUUGUAAAGCGUCAGUUCAGUGCACGUGUGUUUCACUCAGCUGGCGUCUUACUGCGUGCGCACACACCGCACGAGACGCGCGCCGGAGGACAAGCGAAUUUACCGGAAUACCGUUAAAACUGUAUCACUGGAUGAGCGGUGAGGGAGUGACGCAGGCCACGCGCUCGGACAGACAAGACGCGCGUCCGGACGCGUUCAGCCCCGGUUCUGCUGUGAAUCAGGAGAGGCAGGUUGGCAGCUGUCGUUUGGCAGAGAGUGAUGGAUUGUGGGUAAUCUGACUCUGAAAUCUUCAUCUGUUCAGUGGGGUCUCAUUAUGGAUGAUGUCAUCACUCAAACUGUUUGCCCUCAAGGACAACUGUACUAUGUGGAGAUUUACUGAGAUGCUCUGAGACGCUGAAAACACUGGAUCAUGAACUGCUCACAUGUGUGCAGGUUCCAACCGGGAUACCGUAGAAAUGAUUAUCUGUCAAUCACAGCAGAGCCGGCUCCUGUCAGCUGUCCGUGACCAAUCAAGUUGGUCAGAGUGAACAAGAGGGUGGAGCCGGUCCAAUGACGGACAAACGAAACAUCCACUCAAGCUUAGAGCCCCGCCCCCUCUCUCCACCUCAGCAAUGGUCACAUAGAAGCACAGAGACAUUUGUAUUAUGUUCCUCUCGUUUUAUGUCCCCAAAAGAUCGUGAACAUGUAGAUUGAACUCCAGUUUUCCUUCUUUUAGCUGUUUGUUUGUUUGUUUGUGUGAUGCCCGGCGUGCUCCGCCUGCGCCGUCUCGUUCGCCAGGUGCCGCUACAGACCAGCUUCGUCUUCCUCUUCCUCCUCUGUGUUCUCAGCGUCUUCUUGUCUUCUUACUUCCUGUAUGCUGUCAAACGAGAGCUCGAACCAUCUGUGACAGCAGGACAUGCAGCCGAUGACCUCUACCUGACCUCUCCUCGACCACUCCCCUACCUUGCUCGAGUGGGUGGGACGUUGUCGUCCGAUGGCUCUCGGAUGGAUCCGGUCGUGCUGGUGUUCGUGGAGAGUCAGUAUUCACAGCUCGGCCAGGAGAUCGUGGCCAUCCUGGAGUCUGCUCGAUUCCGGUACCGGAUGGAAAUUUCUCCCGGAAAAGGGGACAUGCCCACGUUAACGGACGGACAGCGGGGCCGCUUUGUGCUGAUCGUGUAUGAAAACAUCCUGAAGUAUGUGAACAUGGAUGCCUGGAAUAGGGAAUUACUGGACAGAUACUGUAUUGAGUUUGGAGUUGGAAUUAUUGGCUUCUUUAAGGCCAAUGAGAACAGUCUGUUGAGUGCGCAGCUGAAAGGAUUUCCUCUGUUCCUGCACUCCAACCUGGGACUAAAGGACUGUACUGUCAACCCUAAAUCACCUCUGCUUCAUAUCACACGAGCGCAGCAGGUGGUUAGCGGUCCUCUUCCCGGGGAUGAUUGGACCGUCUUCCAAUCCAAUCACUCCACCUACGAGCCGGUUCUGCUGGCGAAAACCCGUACGGCAGAGAGCGUCGGGCUCGGUGCUCUUCUGCACACCUCAGUGGUGCAAGAUCUCGGGCUGCACGAUGGGAUCCAGAGGGUCCUGUUCGGACACAACCUCUCCUUCUGGCUUCACAAGCUGGUGUUUGUGGACGCAGUGUCCUUCCUCACCGCAAAGAGACUGUCUCUGUCCCUGGACCGCUUCAUACUGGUGGACAUCGAUGACAUAUUUGUGGGCAAGGAAGGGACCAGGAUGAAGGUGGCGGACGUGAAGGCAUUGGUUGAAACUCAGAAUGAGCUGCGGAGGUCGAUUCCAGACUUCACCUUUAACCUGGGCUUCUCAGGGAAGUUCUUCCAUGCAGGUACUGAUGAGGAGGAUCUGGGUGAUGAUCUGCUGCUGUCAUACGUUCAUGAGUUCUGGUGGUUUCCUCACAUGUGGAGUCACAUGCAGCCGCACCGCUUCCAUAACCAGAGUGUGUUAGCGGAGCAGAUGAUCCUGAACCGACGCUUCGCUGAGGAUCACUCUAUCCCGACUCAUCUGGGUUACGCAGUGGCUCCUCAUCACUCCGGCGUGUAUCCCGUUCACAUCCAGCUGUACGAGGCCUGGAAGCGUGUAUGGGACAUCAGAGUGACCAGCACUGAGGAGUAUCCACAUCUCAAACCCGCUCGGUUCAGACGUGGCUUCAUUCACCACGGCAUCAGAGUCCUGCCCAGGCAGACGUGUGGCCUGUUCACACACACCAUCUUUCACAAGGACUAUCCAGGCGGCCCGCAGGAGCUGGAUCGGCUCAUUGACGGAGGAGAGCUGUUCCUCACUGUCCUGCUCAACCCCAUUAGCAUAUUCAUGACGCACCUGUCCAACUACGGGAAUGACCGUCUGGGUUUGUACACCUUCAAACGGCUGCUUAACUUCCUGCUCACAUGGACUCAUCUGAAACUACAGACGCUUCCUCCGCUGCAGCUCGCCGAGAAAUACUUCCACCUGUUCCCGUCUGACGCCGAGCCCCUCUGGCAGGACCCCUGUGAGGAUAAAAGACACAAGGACAUUUGGUCAAAAGAGAAAACCUGCGACCGCUUCCCAAAGCUGCUGCUCAUCGGCCCUCAGAAGACUGGAGCGACAGCUCUCUAUUUAUUUCUGGGGAUGCACCCUGAUCUGACCAGUAAUUACCCCAGUAAAGAGACGUUUGAGGAGAUUCAGUUCUUCAGCGGUCACAAUUAUCACCGAGGCAUCGACUGGUAUAUGGAAUAUUUCCCCCUCCCGUCUAACAGCAGCUCUGAGUAUUAUUUUGAAAAAAGUGCCAAUUAUUUUGAUUCGGAUGUAGCCCCGUCCAGAGCCGCAGCACUGCUGCCCAGAGCUAAAAUCAUCACGGUCCUGAGUGAUCCUGCAGACAGAGCGUUCGCCUGGUACCAGCAUCAGAGAGCUCAUGCUGACCCUGUGGCUCUGAAAUACUCUUUCCAUGAUGUCAUUACCGCAUCCCACAAUGCACCUGUGAAGAUGCAGAUUCUGCAGACGCGCUGCCUGGUUCCAGGAUGGUACGCCACACACCUCAGGCGCUGGCUCGACCACUAUCACCACAGCCAGAUUCUGGUUGUGGACGGUCAGACGUUGAAAACAGAUCCAGCUUCAGUCAUGGAGAAGAUCCAGACGUUUCUGGGUUUGGAGAAUCGAGUCGACUAUCACAAAAUACUGGCGUUUGACCCAACAAAAGGCUUCUGGUGUCAACUGCUGGACGGAGGACAGACCAAGUGUUUAGGGAAGAGUAAAGGACAGAGAUACCCAGACAUGGACACACAGUCUCAGGUGUUUUUGAGGAACUACUACAGAGACGGUAACAUCGAGCUCUCGAAACUGCUGUAUAAAAUGGGUCAGAAUCUGCCCAGAUGGCUCAGAGAGGCACUUCUCAACAUCAGGUAACAGAGUCUCUCGCCAUGCUGGAUGUCACAAACGUCUGGAGUGCCAGAGGAUCAUCCGGACUGGACAACAUGGAGUUGGGCGUACAGGAGGAACAGACCACCUGACUGGAGUUUGCUCUUGCCUAGAUGAGUUUCAGCCGUUUCAUCAAGGAAAGCACCUAAAAAUGAAUUUAAAGAACUGACUUAAAAGCACAUUAACUCAGUGAUGCUAAAGGCCAGUAUUUAUGAACUAACUCAUAUCUGUCCUGUUAUUGACACUGGAUCAGACUGUGCUGAACUAAUAUGAAGAUCUGAAUUCAAGAAGAUCACCCUGCUGACAGAAUUCACUUCGCAGAGACUGAGACGAGACAGUGAUUGUGUGUAAUGUUGCAAACUUAUGAACAAUUUUUUUACUCAACAAAUUUGAUACAGAGUCAAUACAGUUUUAUAAAGAAGUCAAAAAUCAUGACAAUGAACUGAUAUGGACAUCUGCAUUGUUUUUUUUUUUUUUCAUUUGUAACUAGUUUGGGGUAGUUUUAUGUUUUCUAACAUGGACGUUAAAGGAAUCGUUUCACUCACCCUCAUGUCUUUCCGAAUCGACGGACCUUCUUUCAUCUGUGAAACUCUGUCAAAGCUCUAAGAAUGACAGAAAAGUACCUAACACUACUGAUUUGUACACUAUUUUCCUGGUCUUCAGAAGUCAUGUGAUCCUUUGAGUGACAGGCUGAAAUUUAAUUUUUAUUCAUGUUCAUUCUAUGAAAUAUAAUCUUUUGUGUUUCACAAAAGAAAGUCAUACACGAAUGACAUUACUGUGAGUAAAUUGUUUUUGGUGAGCUAUCCCUUUAAAUUUGCAGCUCUCAAGUUAAAUAGUAGAGAAAUCUUUAGUUUUUACAUCAGCACAGAGACUCAUUUCUAAUGUAGUGCAGCUCUUAUAACAUGAGUUUACAAUUUAAAGUGUGAUUUAAGUGUUUAUUGUAUGAGAACAGCCUGUUUUCAUAAUGUCAGUGUGUCAGUUUAUUUUCUCAUUAUGGUUGAAACACAAAACUGGUGAUUUUAUUAGGGGGAAUGUGUUAUUGAAGCAAUAGCUCACCCAAAAACUAAAAGGAUGUUUUUUACUCGCCCAUGUGUCAUUCAAAACCCGUCAGUGGAAUAUAAAAAUGUUGUAUGAAGUCUGUCUUCUGAACUUAUAUGAUAUUUACGCUCCAUUUCUUCAAUCUCAUUCACAGGUUUGAUGUCAGUGAAAUCAAACACCGCUGGCUUUCAUGUGUCUCAUAACUGCAUUUUUCCCUUAAUGUUCCUGACUUUUUUUUAUUUAUACAUUCAUUUUUUCCCCAUAAAGGUCAGCUGUCGCCUGUGUUCACUAGAGCUGGUGUGAAUUUCUCUCAUGCAUGAAGAUGAGAUUAUAAUGCACUGAAUAUUGGGCAGAUGAUGAAAAGAUCUGUCCUUUAUAGGAAACCUGUGGUGGUACCAUGGUAAGAAUACAGUGCCGUUAUCAGUUUUAUUACUCUAGUAGUGUUCAAAAACAUGGUAUUACCAUGGUUUCUAUGGAUUAUUGAUAUGGUAAUACAAAUAUAUGUAAGUAGAUUGAAGCGUCUUUCACUACAUGAUUCACAAAUUAAUUCUCAUGUUUUCUUCUUUGUUUGAUGUCUGACCUGGUCAAACAGAUGCAGAUUAGAACUGAGCAAAAUAAAACUCUGCUACUAAUG